AUGAGUAACCCUUCACCCCAGGGAGCUGAUGCAGCGGCAUCACCAGCAGGAGCGGCUUCUAGCAGUGGAGGCACUAACGUGACCGAGCAGGAGGCGACAACUUCAUCAGCACAGAGGAAACCUACACAGGGAUCGCAGAAUGGCAGCGGCUCGAUUGCGCGUAAGAGGUUGGCGCAAGAAAGGGCAGCUUGGCGGAGAGAUCACCCAGCGGGCUUCUCUGCUAAGUACGCCCCGAUGGCCGAUGGAUCUGUUGGGCAGGAUAUCAUGAAGUGGAUCUGCAAAGUCCCAGGAAAGAAGGGCAGUCUGUGGGAAGGAGGUGAAUAUUGUCUUACAAUGGAGUUUCCAGAAGAAUAUCCUAGCAAGCCACCGAAGUGCAAGUUCAACCCGGUCCUGUUUCACCCAAAUGUUUACCCCUCAGGGACAGUUUGCCUCUCGAUUCUGAACGAAGAUGAAGACUGGAAGCCGUCAAUCACGAUCAAACAGAUCCUUCUUGGCAUCCAGGAUCUGCUGGACAAUCCAAAUCCUCAAUCUCCUGCGCAAGCUGAACCUUACAUGCUCUACUGCCAAAAUCGGGAUGAAUAUAACAGGAGGGUAAAAAACCAGGCAAUACAAAUGAGGCCCAAGGACUAA